AUGACCUGCCGUCGAAGUUGUGGAGUCACCUUUGAGAACUCCAAUAAGCAGCUACUGAGUCAUUUUCCAAAGCGGGCAAAAGCAUGUAGUCAAGAGAGUCGCAUGAUCCUGGAUGCCUUUGCCCAGCAGUGCAGCCGAGUUCUCAGCCUCUUAAAUUGCGGAGGAAAGCUCCUGGACUCCAACCAUUCUCAAUCGCUGGUGUCUUGCGUGAAGCAGGAAGGCUCGAGUUACAACGAGAGGCAGGAGCAGUGCCAUGUUGGGAAAGGAGUCCACAGUCAGACCUCAGACAAUGUAGAUAUAGAGAUGCAAUAUGUGCAAAGGAAACAACAAACCUCGGCCUUUUUGAGGGUUUUCACAGACUCCCUACAAAACUACCUGCUCUCCGGGAGCUUCCCGACUCCCAACACCUCAUCGGUCAGUGAGUAUGGCCACCUGGCUGACGUGGAUCCUCUGUCAACCUCUCCCGUGCACACACUGGGCGGCUGGACCUCCCCAGCCACCUCCGAAUCACAUGGUCAUCCGUCCUCAUCCACCCUGCCCGAAGAGGAAGAGGAGGAGGAAGAGGAAGGCUACUGCCCUCGUUGCCAAGAGUUGGAGCAAGAGGUUAUUUCACUGCAACAGGAAAAUGAAGAGCUCAGAAGAAAACUAGAGAGUAUCCCAGUGCCCUGCCAGACUGUGUUGGAUUACUUAAAGACAGUACUACAGCACCACAACCAGCUUAUGAUCCCACAGUCAGCUGACCAGCCGACCGAGGGCAGCAAGCAGCUGUUGAACAACUAUCCUGUCUACAUCACGAGCAAACAGUGGGACGAGGCGGUAAACUCUUCCAAGAAAGACGGGAGACGGCUCCUUCGAUACCUCAUCCGAUUUGUUUUCACGACCGAUGAGCUUAAGUACUCAUGCGGCCUUGGGAAAAGGAAAAGGUCAGUGCAGUCAGGAGAGACAGGUCCCGAAAGACGCCCUCUGGAUCCAGUUAAAGUCACAUGCCUUCGAGAGUUCAUUAGGAUGCAUUGUACCUCGAACCCUGAUUGGUGGAUGCCCUCGGAGGAGCAAAUAAACAAAGUGUUCAGCGACGCCGUGGGUCACGCCCGACAGGGGCGCGCCGUGGGGACUUUCCUGCACAACGGGGGCUCCUAUUAUGACGGAAUUGAUCAUCAGGCUUCUCAGGAUGACGUCUUCAACAAAAACCCCCAGGAUGGAUCCGGGGAUUAGUGGACAAAAUCCGUCCCCUGUAGCAGCGGGUCCUUUCCAGAGUUCCAGUCGUGAGUGUCCUGUGAGCAUCACCUUACAGUCCAAAGCAUGUCGUACUCUCACACUUCAGACAUCCUGAACCCCAGCCCUCUGGACCAGCUAUCCCAGUUCCAAGCGAGAAAUCCACUGAGGGCUGUUUGAGAAGUCCACACCUCUGCAGCAGCAUUUCAGCAUAUUGCAAAAAAGCAAAAGUUACACUGGUUUUAAAUGAUUCUUAGUUAGACAAUGAGAGUGAGAGAACAGGGGAGCUCCUAGUGCCUCUCUGAAAUCCUCAAGCUUCCUGGGAAAUGUUGGUCCCAGGAAGCAUGAGCUUAGUGUUCCUGUUCACAGGGGAAGGUGAAAAAAAACACAGUUUAUCUUAAGGGAC